AUGGCAGAAGCCAGUAUUUUAUGGGCUUGGGAUCAGUUUACUUGCCCAAUCUGUCUGGAUCUACUGAAGAAUCCAGUGACUAUUAACUGUGGACACAGUUUCUGUAUGGACUGUAUUACAGACUGCUGGGAUCAGAAGGGAAUCUACAGCUGCCCUCAAUGCAGACAAACCUUCACACCAAGACCUGUUUUAGGUAAAAAUGUGAUGAUUGCUGAAAUGCUGGAGAAACUGAAGAAGACAAAACUUCAAUCUGCUCCUGACUCUGCUCAUUGUUACGCUGGACCUGGAGAUGUGGAGAAACAAAAAGUUCUGGGAGAAACACAAAGAAAGUUAAAUCAGAGAAUUCAAGAGAGAGAGAAGAAGCUUCAGGAGCUGAGUCAGACUGUGGAUUCUUAUAAGCGCUCUGCACAGACAGCAGUGAAGGACAGUGAGAGGAUCUUUACUGAACUGAUCCGAUCCAUUGAGAGAAGACGAUCUGAGGUGACACAACUGAUCAGAGAUCAGGAAAAGACUGCAGUGAGUCGAGCUGAAGGAGUCAUGAAGCGUCUGGAGGAGGAGAUUGAUGAUCUGAAGAGGAGAGACGCUGAACUGAAGCAGUUUUUACAAACAGAUGAUGACAUUCAUUUCCUGCAGAGUUUCAAGUCUUUCUCUGUGACUUCUGGAUCUUCAGAUGUUUCCACCAUUAUUGUCAGUUCUCUUCCCACUUUUGAUGAUUUGGGAAAAUCUGUUUCUAAACUCAGAGAUAAACUGGAGGAUUUGUGUAUAGAUGAGAUUAAACGUAUAUCUGACAGAGUAACAUCCACUGAAAUUAUUUACAACGAACCCAGAACUAGAGAGGAUUUCCAACAAUAUUCCAUUCUGCUGUCUCUGGAUCCAAACACAGUGAAUAAAAAUCUCCUGCUGUCUAAGAAAAACACUGUGGCUACUUACACUGACACAGUCCAGCCGUAUCCUGAUCAUCCAGACAGAUUUAGUUAUUUUAGUAAAGUUUUGUGUAGAGAGAGUUUGUGUGGACGCUGUUACUGGGAGGUUGAGUGGGGUGGUGAUGUGUUCAUAUCAGUGUCAUAUAAGAGCAUCAGCAGGAAAGAAUGGGGUGAUGACUGUAUGUUUGGAGUUAAUGAUCAGUCCUGGAGUUUGUACUGCAGAGACUCCAGCUGCUCAUUCUGGCACAAUAACAAAGAGACUAAACUCCCUGUAGUGUUGAGUUCCUGUAGAAUAGGAGUGUAUGUGGAUCACAGUAAAGGAUCUCUGUCCUUCUACAGCGUCUCUGAUACAAUGAACCUCAUACACAGAGUCAACACCACAUUCACUAAACCACUUUAUCCUGGGUUUUUGAUCGAUCCAAAGUCAACAAUGAAACUCUGCAAUCUGACAAGAUAGAUACAGAGAUGUAACAGAUUAAAGCAAUAAGCCCCAAGAAGCAGUGGGUUACCAUAAAUGUACUGUAAUCCCACUGCUUCCAUGCUUCGCGGGGCUUAUUGCUUUUAUAAAACAGUUACUUCAUAUGCAUAGCAGGAUUUCAUAAAAUAAAACACAAAUAAGCUGUAAUUAUAUUAGUACAAAUAUUACUUUUCCGCCAGACAAAGUAGUUCCUUAGAAACAAGUGUGGCUGCAACAGACCGCAGUUCCCAACCAACACAGACGGAGCUAAGACACAAUGAAAAUAUGAUUUGAGUUUAUUUUCAUAAAUCAACAUUCAUCUAAUUUAUAAAUUAACAUUUAUAUUGUGCAACUGUUGAAGUGAUGAUCAAAUUUGGAAGCAUGCUUAACUCUUUCCACGUCAGGUUUUUUUUUACGUUGCCAUCCAGUUUAGUUUAAUGCCUUACAGAAAAAUUAUCUUCUUUAAAUAAACAUAAAAUGAAAGAACAGACACUCCGCUUUAAAACAUCCUAUCUUCAUUUGUUCUCUUAUCACCUCUCAAAUUUUCAGCUAAAAGAUAAUUCCAUUUUUGUGAAGAACUUUUGUAAGAGAUCGGAUUCACAGCCAUGUUUAAAACUUACACUGUGUUUUUAGUGUUGAGUGAAUGCGUCAGUGUUUAAGUUGGGUAAGUGGAGAACUUGAGCUUAAAGAACUUCUUAGGAAAGCGUUUUCUCUUUAUUGACAAGAUUACUCAGAAUAAAGGACCAGAACUGCCCGUUUUAUAAAAUAGUGUUUUAUCACAACUUUGACCUACAUGAUUAUUUAGUAACAGUGAAAUGUAAGGAGUCUUUUAUUUUCUUAUUAAAAUAUCAUUGAAACACUUGAACACAACUCUUAUCAAUGCAUACAAUGCAUUGCUAUACUCUAAAAAUGCUGGGUCAGAUAUGGACCUUUUCUAGAUUAAUUUAAACCAAUGGUUAAGGUUGUCCAUAACUCAACCAUGGGUCUAAUAAUAGUUGUGGUGUAAGAAUGAAGCAACAGUGAAUGUUAAACAGUUAAUAUUUACAAAGUUUUUUGUUGUUGUCGGACGAAGCAACAUAGUUUGUGUUUGUUCUGAUUUGAUAUUUUUACUGAUUUCUUUCAGCGAUAUUUUAAGUAUGUAUUUGAUUCUGAUUUACUUUUUUCUUCUUUGUUAGAUUGUUUAUCUGCUUUUAAACAGUAAUUGUGUGCCACGUUGUAUAGCUGUCAUCAUUCUGUAAUGUGUGUUUUAAAAUAGAAUAUUUUUUCACAUAAAAGAGAAAAAUCUGUGUUAUUUUAACUGUCAAUGCUUGAAAUCUCUUGUGCCCUUUCAUCUGGUAUGCAUCUUCUGAAAUUUAGUUUUGUAUUGUUCAUUUCUUACUUUAAGCAGAUAAAAAACAACUAAUUAAUAAAUGCUUUCUAUUAUUAUUAUUUGUCCAUCAUCCCUAUAUUUCCUACCACAUAUUAUCAGGGUUAA